AGAAGGUGGCCGAGUGAGUUUCAGAAAGGCUAAGGAAUAAAAAGGGUUGACAGAAGAUUAGAGAGGGAAGAAGGUUGAUUGGUCGAUGGAGGUGGAGCAAGCUAAGCCAAAGCCAACGCCGAAGCGGUUUGUGAAGAACCAAAUCUCCGAUUCCAUCCUCAACGACGCGGCCCUCAACGCUGCCAUCUCCGUUCUCCCUCACAACUACAACUUCGAGGUCCACAAAUGCGUUUGGCGCGUUCUUUCCACUGGCGCCAAGCGCGUUGCCCUUCAGUUCCCCGAGGGCCUCCUCAUGUACUCCCUCCCUCUCUCCGACAUCUUCACUACCUUCGCCGCCGUCGACCGCUGCUACGUCCUCGGUGACGUCACCUACGGCGCUUGUUGUGUCGACGACUUCUCCGCCGUUGCGCUCUCCGCCGACCUCCUCAUCCACUACGGCCACAGCUGCCUUGUCCCCAUCGAUUCCACCACCAUCCCCUGUCUCUACGUCUUCGUCGACAUCAAAAUCGACGUUUCCCAUUUGGUUGAUACCGUUAAAUUGAACCUCGAAUCUCGCGCCCAGAACCUCGUAUUAGCUGGUACUAUUCAGUUCGCAUCUGCAAUUAGGGCUGCGAAGCCGGAAUUGGAGAAAUCAGGGUUUAGGGUUUUGGUACCACAGUCCAAGCCUCUUUCGGCCGGUGAGGUUCUUGGCUGCACUACUCCCAAGGUUUCAUUAAUGGAUUCGUUUAGUGAGAAUCUUGAGAAUAGCGUUUUGGUAUUUGUAGCCGAUGGAAGGUUUCAUCUUGAGGCGAUCAUGAUAGCUAAUCCUGGGAUUAAGGCUUUUAGGUAUGACCCUUACAUUGGGAAGUUGUUUCUGGAAGAGUAUGAUCACGUGGGAAUGAAGGAAUCUAGGAAAGCUGCGAUUUUGAGAGCGAGGGAGGAAGCUCGGAAUUGGGGUGUUGUUUUGGGGACUUUGGGUAGGCAAGGGAACCCUAAGAUUCUGGAGAGAUUGGAAAAGAAUAUGAAGGAAAAAGGGUUCCUUUACACUGUUUUCUUGAUGUCUGAGAUUAGCCCUGCAAGGAUUGCAUUGUUUGAGGACUCCGUAGAUGCUUGGAUUCAGAUUGCUUAUCCUCGGUUAUCGAUUGAUUGGGGUGAUGCUUUUGGGAAACCAGUGCUCAAUCCCUUCGAGGCAGAGAUCGCGUUAGGGGUGAUACCUGGCUGGUGGGAGAAGAAGAAAGAUGUGUUAGUGGCAAAGGUGCAGGAAGGUUGUGAAGAUGGUGGUGUAAGUUGCCAGAAGAGUGGUGAUUCUUCCUGUGAGUGUAGCUGUGGAGAAGAUGAAAAUGGAAAUGGAAAGAGCGAUUUUGGUGGUGAAUAUCCAAUGGACUAUUAUUCUCAAGAUGGUGGGGAGUGGAAUUCCUCUUAUGCGAAGAAGUCCUCUCGUCCGGUAAGGAGAAUUUCUGUAUCUUCGGUUGCUACUAGUGCCAUUUCUCAACGGUCUUAAACUUUCUAUAGGUUAUAGAUUUCGAUACUUUGUUAGUUGCCGGAUAUUGGCUUUUGCCUCUAAACAACAUUGGAUGUUUAGGGAGAAAACAUAGUAUGAUGUGAUACAAUACAAUACGUCAUCUCAUGAUGUGCGAUUUGUUGUUUUAUG